UAAAAGGGUCAGAUUUCUCUAGGCAUCUCGAGACAUCAUGAACAAACUUGAAUCUCCCCACGAGGGAAACUCGUAAAAAGCUGGUACUGACAACAGAUUCACAGAAUGUGGAGCACACGGCACCUCCAAGCCGGCCUCGCCUGGUGCGGCACCCUUGCCCUUCACGCCUACGCCUCCGCCGCCCGCUCCACCGCCACCCGCCCAUACCCGUACUCCUCCUGGAUGGCCGAGAGCACCAUCGCACUCGGGGUGCAACCAACCCGGUGGUACACCGAAGCGACAUUCUACCGCGGCCUCGAAGCUCUGCACAACCACACCUCCAGCCCCUCCCACCUCUCCUAUACCUCCUACCUGACCUCACAAAUCGACGCCAUCCUGACCCCCGAAGGGGCUUUCAGAUCCUGGAGCACCUCAGAACACAACCUCGACGACAUCCGAAUCGGCUCGACCAUCCUCUUCCUCCACACCCAAACACCCCCUGGAACCCCGCAAGCAGCCCGCUACCGCACGGCGCUGGAUUUCUUGCAUACGCAGUUGACGCAGCACCAGCGCCGCACCCCGUCAGGCGGGUUCUGGCACAAGGACCCAAAGUACCCAAACCAGAUGUGGCUGGACGGGCUGUACAUGGCUGGGCCGUUCCGGGCGGCGUACACGUCCCUCUUCUUAACCGGGAGUAAUGCCACGGCCGCUUGGGCCGACCUGCUGCUGCAGUUUGAGCUCAUUGAAAAACACUGCCGUAACCAGACGGGGAGUGGUAUGUUGAAGCACGGCUAUGAUGAGAGCUUCAAGGCUGUUUGGGCCGAUCCAGUCACGGGUGCAAGCCCCUUUGUUUGGAUCAGGGCGCAGGGGUGGUAUUUUAUGGCGUUGGUGGAUGUUAUGGAUUGGUUUCCUAGGGAGGGAAUGGAGGAAGGGUGGGGGAGGUUGAAGGGGUGGUUUGUGGAGCUGGCAAAGGCGGUUAAGAGGAUGCAGGAUGAAGAGAGUGGUGGGUGGUGGUUGGUUAUGGAUGAGGGGUAUCAGGGGAGGAAGGGGAAUUAUAUUGAGAGUAGUGGCACGGCGAUGUAUACUUAUGGGUUGUUGAAGGGGAUUAGGAUGGGGUAUUUGGAUAGGAAAGAGUUUGGGGAGGUGGCGGAGCGCGCUUAUAAGUUGAUGGUGGAGAGGUUUGUGGUGUCCCGUGCUGGAGAGGAGGAGUGGCUUGACUGGACUGGGACGGUGAGGGUUGGGAGUCUGGAUGGGAAGGGAGACUAUGCGUACUACACCGGCGUGCCGGUGGUUGUCAACUCUCUUAUUGGCGUCGGGCCAUUCAUUAUGGCCAGCGUAGAGAUGGAGAAGUACUGCAGCGAUUGGGACUCUGAAUUGCAAAGACGCUGCAAUACCUACUCACCAAGUCCCAGUCUUGCAGUUCCAGUUGCUAGGGAGGGUCGGUAGGAGGUCGAUCGGCGUUAGCGAAGGGGGUUGUAUGGGUAGCUGACUCCUGUGAGGGAUAACAAUGUUAGCAAGAGGUAGACAGUAAUAUAGGAUGAAUCACAGCAAUUAACUCGCA